UGGAAAGUCGGCAACACACACACACACACACACACACACACACACACACACGUGAACACACGUAACGGCGGUCGUCAUCUUGUCCUGCAACGGUUCCCCGGGAAAGCUGGACCAGACGUGACUUGACGUUCAUUGUACUUCAGAAAACGCGCGUGAGGAAGAAGGAAAAAGCACAUAGUCAGCACACAGGUGGAGCUCACCGGAGCAUUCUUUUUUUUUUUUUUUUUUUUUUUUUUUGAAAUUUGGUAUCAUCUCCUAGAAGGAGACUGCAGGGAUGAGAUAAGGGACGGGACAAUGACAGAAAUCAGCGUAGUCAUUGCUUGCUGAGCUGUUGUUUUGUUUUUUACUUCCUUUACUCCUCGCGCGACACUUAAAAAGGAAUACCUGGAAUGGAAAAACUUUAUCUGCGUCGUCUGGACUGUUGUAAAAACUCCCAAGAAAGAAUGAAGUAACCGCUAUGGAGCCGGAAAAUGCCCCGUGCUCCAAAGUGAAAACCACUGGAGUCGGGGGGAGAGUUCUGAUUCUUUGGACUUUACUCUGUUGCAUCUGCUCUCUGAGGCUAGCACAAGCACAAGAUGUGGAUGUUUUGCAGCAGCUUGGGCUCUUUGGGAGACGGACCGGCGAGUCGUCAUCUUCGGGCGCUCAAUCCAUCCCCAAUGGCAUUAUCCCCUUCAAGUCAGGAGUUAUCCUCACCCCGAGGGCACGUAUCCAGGUGCCACUGCGCACUGUCAUCCCUGCAAACUACACCUCCAUCAAUCUCUCCCUGAUCCUUAGUCUGUCCGUUCAUCGCAUCAACAGCGCUUUCCUUUUCUCAGUCCUGUCUAAGAGAAGAAAAGUUCAGCUCGGGGUGCAGUUCGUACCGGGGAAAGUCCUGGUACACACUGGGCAGAGGAGCUCUGUGAGCUUUGACUAUGAUGUCCACGAUGGCCGGUGGCAUAGUCUAGCCUUGGAUAUCCAAGGUCAUCAGGUGUUCUUACACACCUCUUGUGGAGCGAAAAGUGUUCAUGCAGAUUUGCAUUUAAAAAAAGUCGAAGCUCUUGACGCAGAGGGCUCUUUCUUGCUAGGAAAAAUGAACCACAACGCAGUGCCGUUUGAAGGCGCUGUGUGUCAGUUUGACAUUUAUCCCUCUGCUAAGGCAGCUCAUAAUUAUUGUGAUUACAUAAAGAAACAUUGCAGAGAAGCUGACACGUAUCGGCCCAUGCUUCCACCACUGCUACCUCUAAUUUCAACAGAUGUAAACAUUACUGUUACUCAUAGAACUCCACUGAAAGAGAUAUCCAAAAACACAGAGAGACCAACUUUGGCCUUUACAGAGGGAAGGACAAGGACUACUAAUGUUGAUCCAACUGCCUGCUCGCUAAUGCAGAACGAAACAUCUGUGUAUCCGUCUUUGAGCACUCUGAAACCUGGUGUUGUGUCUGUUUCUCUCCCGGUUCAACCUGGCUUCGAGAGCCCGCUCAAAUUUCCAACUCAAACUGCUACUGCAUCUCUUAAGAUCAGCAGGACACCGCAAAACCUAAAACCAACUUCUUAUGGUAUUGCUGGGGAGAACACAGAGCAAGGAGAUACUAAUCCUCAGAAACCUUUUGACCAAAUUAUGGAUUUACCUGCUUCCACGAUACCGUCCGAGCUGAAGCCAAACCUCAAGACCACAGCUGCUUUCACACAGGGGUCUCCUCCAAACGCCUACCUUCCCCAUAAAAACCAGUUGAGCACAGUAGCUUCAAAGAAACCUGAGCCAAAAGUGACCAGUAUGCAGGAUGUCAAACCCACCUCGCUUAUUCCAGUCACUCAAGCUGCAACAGAUGGCUUUCAGACUUUUGACGUGGAACCGACCCAGUUUUCACUGCUGGCUGGACCACCUGGAAUAAAGGGAGAACCAGGACCACCGGGACUUGAAGGACUUCCAGGGUUGUCAGGAAAACCAGGGAAGAGGGGCCCAAGGGGUCCACCUGGCCCACAUGGAAACCCUGGUCGCUCUGGACCUCCAGGAGUGAAGGGACAAAAAGGAGAUCAUGGAUUGUCCCCAGGUCUUGCCUCCAAAGGACUUAAAGGAGAACCUGGUGUAUUUGGCCCACCUGGACUGCCUGGCCAAGCUGGACGAAAGGGACAAAAAGGUCAUCCUGGUCCCUCUGGUCUGCCUGGUGAACCUGGUGAACAGGGAGAUGAUGGAAGCACUGGGGCCAAAGGCUAUCCUGGCAGGCAGGGUUUACCCGGGCCUGUAGGGAAAAUGGGGCCAAAAGGAGUCAGGGGUCACAUUGGCCUCCCUGGGCUUUUUGGCCGUCCUGGUCCUGAUGGCGAGAGAGGAAUUCCUGGCGUUCAUGGGAAGAAGGGCAAGAUGGGUAGGCCGGGGUUUCCUGGUGGUUUUGGAGAGAGGGGACCUCCUGGCCCUGAUGGAAACCCAGGUGAACUGGGAGCUCCUGGCCCAUGUGGAGUCCCAGGUCUUAUUGGAGACAUGGGCCCUGCUGGCGUUAUUGGCUUACCAGGACCACCAGGGCUCAAGGGAGUAUCUGGUAACCAAGGGGAGCCAGGACUGAAAGGUGAUAAGGGGGAUGUUGGCUUACCAGGAGAGCCAGGGCCUUGUGGGUUCCAAGGUGAUAAGGGUAUCCGUGGCCCACCUGGGUUGCAAGGUCCUCUUGGAACACCUGGACCACAGGGCAAACCAGGUGAAAAGGGUCCUGAUGGUAUACCUGGCCCUCCUGGCCUAGAGGGCUUCCCAGGAGACAUUGGCCCACCAGGACAAAAUGGCCCUGAAGGACCAAAGGGAAAGCAAGGGACAAGAGGUCUGCCAGGUCCAAGAGGAACGCUUGGACUUCAGGGUGAUGAGGGACCAGUUGGGCCAGCUGGACUCUCUGGACUCGAGGGCAGGCCUGGGAGGCAGGGAUUCCCUGGACUGACAGGCCCAGAUGGACUCAAGGGCGAGACCGGGAUAACUGGCGAGGUCGGAAAGCUUGGCGAGAGGGGGAUGCCUGGUUUUGUCGGGCCUGUCGGAGAAUCGGGCAUCGCCGGAGAAAAGGGGGAUCGAGGGAAAACUGGCAUUCCUGGGCCGCCAGGUGAACCGGGGCCGAUGGGUCACACUGGAAUACCUGGAGAGUCGGGGCCACCUGGACCACAAGGGAUCCCAGGGCCUCCUGGUUCACGGGGAUCCAUCGGCAUCAGAGGCCCCAAAGGUAUAAGGGGUCCGUGGGGUCCUGAUGGCCCAGUUGGGGAGAAAGGAUCCGCUGGAGUAAAGGGCCUCGAUGGUCCUCCAGGAAAAUUGGGCCUCUUUGGGGAGAUGGGAAAGCUUGGCGAGCCAGGUGAAGCUGGGCCUAAGGGAUUUCCAGGUAUCCAAGGACCAUCAGGGCCUCCAGGGGCCAAAGGAAUAGCAGGAGAGCCUGGACCAGCAGGGCCACCAGGAACCAUUGGACCACUAGGGGAGAUGGGACCAAUGGGGCCGACAGGGAAGGCUGGAGAGAGGGGACUGCCUGGUGAACGUGGAGAGAAGGGUCCUGUUGGUCUACCUGGGAAUAUCGGAGAGCAGGGUUUGAUUGGCCAGAGAGGGGAGCCAGGCAUUGAUGGAGAGGCUGGAACAAGUGGACCUGAUGGAGCCAAGGGAGAAAAGGGGGAACCUGGUCCAGAGGGUGCUAUAGGAGACAGGGGGGAAAUUGGUCUGAAAGGAAAGGAAGGACCUGUUGGUCCUCCUGGUCUGCUCGGUGUAAGGGGUCAGGAGGGGAAACCUGGUAGAAUUGGUGAGAGAGGAAAACUCGGAGAAAAGGGGAGCAAGGGUCACCAAGGACACCUUGGUGAGAUUGGCCCAGUGGGUGAGCAGGGGGAGAUCGGGUUUGUCGGGCAGAAGGGAGCAAGAGGAACUAUCGGGCCAGUGGGUGCUCCAGGCAGAAUGGGCCAACAAGGUGAACCAGGCAUAUCAGGUUAUGAGGGUCACAUGGGACUGCAGGGACCUCUGGGACCAACGGGUCCAAAAGGUGAAAAGGGCGAACAAGGAGACGACAGCAAGGCAGAAGGUCCUGCAGGCCCCCAAGGUGACAGAGGUCCUCCUGGUGACCGAGGAGAGAGAGGAGAGGCUGGUGACCCCGGGCACACUGGUCAAAUAGGAGUUGAUGGAAAGAGAGGUGAAGCUGGUGCCCAAGGAAUUCCUGGACAUCCGGGGCUAAAGGGACAAACAGGUUGGAAAGGAUCCAAAGGUGACCAAGGUCGGAAAGGAAAAUCAGGGGCGAGAGGAGAAUCUGGGCCCAAAGGACUACCAGGUCCAGAGGGUCCUCCUGGUCCACGGGGAGUUGUGGGCAGGGAGGGACUUGAGGGCCCGCUUGGCAUGGAUGGACUGCCUGGUAAAGAUGGAAGUAAAGGAGUAAAGGGGGAGCAAGGAGAAGACGGAGACGUGGGCUCUCCUGGCAAACCUGGACUGCGGGGUACACCUGGUGUGAUAGGACUUCCUGGAAGUCAAGGCUCCUUUGGGCCAAAGGGUGAGAGGGGUCUAUCAGGACAAACUGGUGCAUCAGGAAAAAGGGGAUCUGUUGGUGGGAUGGGAUUGCCAGGAAAACAAGGAGACUCUGGACCUAAAGGACAACCAGGGGACACUGGUGAGCAAGGAUUCCCAGGGGUGUUUGGUAUGUUUGGACCAAAGGGGCCCCUGGGAGACAUUGGCCCGGCAGGGAUACAGGGACCGAGAGGACCCCGUGGUUUGAUGGGAAUGAAGGGAGCUCUGGGCCCCGUCGGCAUCAUCGGCCCCAGCGGUCACCCAGGACCCCAGGGUGACAAAGGAAGUCCAGGAGAGACGGGGUCGCAAGGACCAAGAGGCUCUUCAGGCCCCAGUGGACCACCUGGACCCCCAGGUCUUUCCAGCAUUCUUUCACUUCAAAACGAGGCUCUCGGUGUCGCCUUCAAAGUCAUUAUUGAUUCCAAUGCUGCACUGAGGCCACAGAUCAUGGACAUGCCCAUGUUAGACCAGGGCACAGAGGUCCUCAAGACCUUGCAGCACCUCAGCACUCUGAUCCGAAGUCUGAAAAACCCGCUGGGAACCCGAGACAAUCCUGCAAGAAUCUGCCGAGAUCUCUACAACUGUGAACAGAGGAUGCAUGAUGGAACUUACUGGAUCGACCCGAACCUCGGCUGUGCUGCUGACACCAUGGAGGUUACAUGCAACUUCACUGGAGGAGGACAGACAUGCCUGAAACCCAUCACAGUAUCCAAGUUGGAAAUAGGAGUGGGACGUAUCCAGAUGAACUUCAUCCAUCUUUUGAGCACCGAGGCUGUGCAGCAUGUCACCAUUCACUGCCUCAACACCCCUGUGUGGGCAGCAGGACCCUCCCUGCAACCUUCAUCUAGAGCUGUGAGCUUCAAGGCUUGGACCGGGGAGAAGAUCCAGGCAGGAGACCUCCUGGAGCCGCACAUUCCAAAGGAUGACUGCUGGAUCAAAGAUGGCCGCUGGCAUCAGACCCACUUCGUCUUCCAGACCCAGGACCCAAACUUACUCCCCAUAGUGGAUGUGUACGACCUUCCCAACACAGAGCCUGGAGCGAGCUUUCACCUGGAGGUUGGACCUGUGUGCUUCUUAUAAAGCCCUGUGCAGGCGUGGUGUGAAAAUACUACUCAGUGGAGUGACUGAGUGAAGGUGGGCAGACGCAUGAGGGAGACUCAUGCUUCAGUGGAUUCCAGAGUAAACUUACCCCCAUUUUCUCUCCACAAAAUAUGCUUGGACUGCAGAAACAGGAGGGGGGGAGGGGGGCGCCAGAGAGAAGUCCCAGUAGAACAAACAGAGAUAAGACUUCAAGCACUAAUCAGCCUAUGGAAAACAAUAAGAUAUAAUAAGCUUCUUUCUCAGAGACUUGUUUAAGUGACACAAGACCUGAAGGCCCUGUGUGGAAAGAAGUCAUAUGGAGCUGUAAUUCUGUCAUCUCUCGGGCCAUGUUGUACCAUAAUUUCUUCACGGCCUGAUGGGCGAUUUUGUCAAAACUUUUUUUUUUUUUUUAAAGAGAUCUGUACAGAAACAUGGAACUGUUCCCUCUGCAGAUGCAAUGAUUCCUAUUCUAAUGUUGAAGUAUUAUUUAUACAUGUAUAUGUGCUGUAUAUUGUAAUAUAAAGUUUGAUUGUUAUUGUUCCACAGCCUGUAGGCAUAUACAGUUUCACAACACAUCACUCAUUCAGGUAUACAGUGUGCCUCACACACACAGGAGCACUGCCCAGCUAUGUCUUCUUGAGACUCUGAUAACUAUACAGUGCUGAAAGAAGCUGUGUUCAUACAUUUUAUUUCUUCACACAAACAUCUGCAGUGUGGUGCUUUCCAUGUUAAAGUAAGUCGAAGCGUGUCUGUAGUGGAAGUGUGACCAGAUGCUACCUCGUCCUGCGCCUCUCAUCUCACAACAAAACAAGAAGACUUGAUGUCCUUUAGUCAUGGGUGAAGCAGAGGUGACAGAAGGUGCUGCAACAGUGGAACUCGUGUGAUAAACUCUUGUCAGCUCUCAACAAAAGCUAAAUCUUACCAAAAAAAGGGAAGACUGUAAAACAAGUAAUAAACACAAAGGCUACAUCCAUUAAAUUACUUUUUUUAAAUUACAUUUUUAAGAAAGAAUUGUAACUUUUUCAAUAUAUUUAGUACCAUCUGCAGAUCUCUCUUAAUGUAAAUGUCUAUAACUAUACAACCUUUAUUAUUUACGAUUGAUUCUAUUUAAAUUUUAUUUAAAUUCUUAUAAGCUUUCCAGUUGAAAACCAGGUAUAAACGUCAGUUGUAACACUUUUUUGAGCUUUAAGGAUUCUCCGGCCUGUGUGUUUUAACUCAACUGUUUAGAUAAUGAGCUGUAUUUCAGGACAAUAUCAUCCGUUUUUUUUUUUUUUUACUGUCUAUCAAUUGUUAUUCAAAAGUGCAGCAAUGGUUGGUUUCACCAAUCAAUAAACUCAGAGGAUUUCUUAGAAUACACAACAAAAAACUACCAUUCUACAUGUACUCAAAGUCCUUCUUUCCAUACAGACAUUCAAUGCUGUGUGAAUGAAGUCGGAUGACUCUCCAGGUAAUUCAAUAAUAAAAGUCUGAAACCUUU